UUCCAAGUGAACUGUGGCUCCGAAAGUGCUUUCAGAUUUCCCAGCGCAGCUCUCGGGAUGCGGCCGGCACUAGGACCUGCCUGGAGCCUGUACGUGCCAUCCCGUAGGGAGGGCUAAAUACAGCAGGGUAGGAUUACAAUGUGCAACACACCAGCAGAGAGCCGUGGCCGUGCCGGCACCGGGAGCCCCGCGCCGCCACCGGGGCCGGUGGGUGCCCCGUGCCCGCCGAUGCCCCAGCUCUGCCCGGUCACGGCCUCGCUGCUGCUGGGCACGGCCAGGGCAGCGUGCGACGAGGAGCUGCUGUUGCGGGAGGGGGUAACCUUGUGCGUGAAUGUCACCCGGCAGCAGCCCUGCCCCUCGCUGCGCGGCGUCCGCGCCAUCCGCGUGCCCGUGUUCGAUGACCCGGCCGAGGACCUGGCCCGCUACUUCGAGCCCUGCGGCGCCGCCAUCGAGGCGGCCGUGCGGGCCGGGGGCCGCUGCCUCGUGUACUGCAAGAACGGCCGCAGCCGCUCCGCCGCCAUCUGCACCGCUUAUCUCAUGAGACACCGGCAGCUCCCGCUCAAGGACGCCUUUGAGGCUGUGAAAACUGCCAGACCCGUAGCAGAGCCAAAUGCAGGAUUUUGGUCUCAGCUGCAGAGAUAUGAAGAAGAAUUGAAGAUACCAAAGCAUUCUGAUCCGCUGAGCAAAGGACUUAAAAAUAGCAAUGUGUGAAGAUACUUUAAAGAAAGUGAAGUGACUUGCUACAGAGUUUAAAAAAAGGGAAAAAAUCACUCCCUAAAUCACCUGUAUGUAAAACAUUUUACCCCCAUAACUGAGAUGAUGUUCAUUAAACUCCUUCAGAGCA